AUGUCGAAUGCAGCUAAUAUUGAAUCACCAGGUGGAACCAUGAAGAAUGUAGCGUCUGGUGGAAGCAGCUCGGGCGGUUCAUCGAAUAGACAACAGAAUGUAGGCCAGUCGUCGUCCCAACAACAUGGUUCCAGUGGUUCGUCAGGUCAACAACAUGGUUCCAGUGGUUCAUCAGGUCAACAAAGUGGCUCAAGCAGUGGAUUCAGUGGCCAAGGUGGUUCAGCUGGAAUAGGUGGAGCAGCCAGCUCAAGUUCAUCUGGUGGAACAGAUCAUUUGGCUACGCAAUGA